UCAAUGUGGUUGUCUAUUUGCUUUCAGUCAUUUGCUAUUCACUCUCUAUCGAAACUGUGUCGCAUUUGUUAAUAUUGUGUCUUCAAUUCUAGUGUUUUCGGUCAUUGAUAAUGGCAAACUCACAUACAGAAAAUGUCGAUAUUGAGUUAUUCAAAGAUGAUCUCGAAUACAUUGAUCAAAAAUUUCUUCAAUCAAUUGUUUCGAUUUUUAAUUUUUUUAGUAACGGAUACGAAAAAGAAUUUUUAUUGAUGACCAAAGAUGCUACAUAUGCAUAUAGUGAAAAAAUAUGCUCAUGGUUAUCGUUGAAACAUGAUAUGGCCGAACCACAACGGAUAUCUUGUCUUGAUGAUAUGACAAUUGUUCAAGUAGAUUAUGGCUUUCUUUUUGUUGCCAUUCUAACUGAUGAUGGACAAGUAUUCAUAGCCAGCGAUGUUAAAUCUAAAUGGGAUACGAAUGAAACAUUACGAUUGAUCACCACCGGUAAUGACCGUUUCAAGAUGAUUGCUUGUGGAAAGAAUCUUUUAUUAUUGCUACGACAAGAUGGUUAUGUUUUCGCUAUGGGUUCUAAUGAAACAUCCUCAUAUGAAAGUAUAGUCCAGAUUGAUAACCUAGAAAAUGUCGAGCGCAUAGCUUGUGGAUUGGAUCAUAGCUUAUCAAUAACCAAUAAAGGAGAAAUCUAUUCCUGGGGACGUAAUGAUUGUGGUCAGUUAGGUCUUGGUGAUGAAGAAGACCGAAACACCCCAUGUCUUAUUCCAUUUCCAAAUGAUGAUUUAAUCGAUAUCCGAAUUAAAGAUAUUAUGGCUGGCAACUAUCAUUCAUUAUUUUUAUUUGAAAAUGGUGAGCUUUGGGGAUGUGGUUCCAAUAGUGAUGGUGAACUUGGUCUUGGUGAUGAUAUUAAACUAUCAAAGUUGACGAAAAUACCGAUUGAAAAUGUGCAACAAAUCACAUGUUCAACAUUCAAUUCAUUUUCAUUGGCAUAUGAUGGAUCAUCGUACUAUGUAUGGGGAAAAACCAAAUAUGAUAAAUGGUCAUCACCUAAAAAGCUGGAUGAUUAUCCGACAUCAUUUGUAGCUGCAUCAAUUCAGGUAUUGAAUUCACCAAUCACAUUUGGCCUCAGAUACACAUUCUUUGAAUUCGGAUCACACGAUUCAAUAUCAUAUAAAUCAAUCUUCCGAUUUUUCGAUAAUCAAGAUAAUUAUGAUGUGGAAUUCAAAAUUGGCAAAAAACGUAUCAAGGCAUGCAAACGUUAUCUCAAAUCUGUAUCAGAAUAUUAUCGACGAACGUUUUCCGGUAUUUGGUUUAAAAAAGACGAAGUAACCAUCGAGAAUUAUUCCUAUGAAACAUACUAUGCAUAUCUACGUAAGUUACAUACUGGUAAAAUUCAUAUUAAUCGUCAAAUCAUAACCGAACUUGUUGAUCUGGCCAAUUGUUAUGGUGAUAUAAAAUUAAUUGAAUAUUGUCAAACAUUCAUACGGAGUGAUCUAAAUGAACAAACUAUGAUCACAUAUCUUCCAUUAAUCACCAAAUACGAAAUGAAGGAAUUGUACUAUGAACUAAGCCAAAUUGCUAUCGAACAAGUGUUACCGAAAGUUACCGACAAUAUUCGGCAAAACAAUGAAAAUUCUAUUGAAUUUCUCAAUUGGUACAAUCAUUCAACUACUCAUUCAAAAUAAUUCAUUGUUUUUUUUCAUUCCAUAAAACUAAAAAAGAAAAUUUACUUUUUUUACUUUAUU